AUGAACAUGAUGGCGACCAACCCGCCUCGUAUACUCAUUAUCGGCGCCGGGUCUCGCGGUCGAGCUUAUGCUCGCGCCAUUCAAUUCUCAACCGACGGCAUCGUUACCGCAGUAGCGGAGCCUAACGAGUAUAAGAGAAGGCAAUUUGGCCAAACCUUUAUUUGGGCAUCACAGGCUGGGCCGUCCGAUGGUGCCCAGUUCGACGAUUGGCGUGCCUUUGUUGCAUACGAGAAGGACCGGCGAGCCCGGAUUUUGGCCGGCGAGAAGGAUGUCCCUCCUGGCGUCGAUGCCACCUUUGUGUGUGUUCUGGACGAGAUGCACAGGGAAGUCGUUCUUGCCCUUACCAAGCUCGGGGGUCUGCACAUCAUGUGCGAGAAGCCACUGGCCACGACUCUGCGUGAAUGCGUCGACAUGUACGAGGCACUACGCACCAACACGAACGCGAAUAGGGAGCAGAUGGUCUUUUCCAUAGGCCAUGUUCUUCGAUACAGCCCCCAUAACAUGCUGCUCCACAAGCUACUCCUCCAAGAUCGGGUCAUUGGUGAUGUGCUGUCCGUUGUGCAUACUGAGCCCGUCGGUUGGUGGCAUUUCACCCACAGCUACGUCCGUGGUAACUGGCGUCGAGAGAGCACCUCAGCGCCGAGCCUGCUGACGAAAAGCUGUCACGACAUCGACGUUUUGCUGUGGCUUCUCUGCUCGCCCCCCUCUUAUAGUGCUCAGCAUGGCCAAACUCCCCAUUUACCAUCCACCAUCAGCAGUACGGGCUCGCUGCAGUACUUCAAAAGGAGCCGCAAACCGACCGCCGCAGGAACGGCCACCAACUGUCUAUCCUGCCCUAUCGAGUCGUCGUGCAAAUACUCGGCGAAGCGCAUAUACCUUACCCAGGACGAGUUUGGCUUGGACUCGCACAAUACCGAGUGGCCUGUCAACGUCGUUGUCCCCGAUAUCGAAAGCUACCCUGACAAGGACAUGGCAAGGGAGACGCUGCUUCGCGAACUGGGCAAGGAUUACGACGCUACUACCCCCGCCGUGGAAAUUGAACAGAGGAACUGGUUUGGGCGAUGUGUUUAUGAGAGUGACAACGAUGUGUGCGAUGAACAGGUUGUCACCAUUACGUGGGAUGACGAUCCCAUUCCCAGUCUUCCGAGCUUCUCGCGGGAGUCAACUCGGAAAGACGUAUUGCUUUCGGACCCCGCACGUGGUCGUGGCUCAAAGACGGCAUCUUUCCAUAUGGUUGCUCAGACGAAUAAGAUCUGUCAGAGAUACACGAACCUGUACGGUGUUGACGGCGAGAUCUUUGCGGACUCGUCCACCAUCACGAUCCACGACUUUCGCACCGGGGAAACAACCACCCAUCACCCUCGAAAUGAGGACCGCGGUCACGGAGGUGGGGACCUGGGACUGGCGCGCCAGUUCGUUCUGGCUGUUGACAAAGUCAAGAACCAUGGAUGGACUACCGACAGGGCACAGAUGGAACUGGUCGGUUGUACUCUAGAAGAAGUGAUGCGCAGUCAUGCCAUGGUCUUCUGUGCGGAAGAGGCAAGGAAGAACAAAAAGGUAGUCGAUUGGGGCGAGUGGUGGGCAGAGCAUGUGGAAGGUAAGUUGAAGCAUGAUACAAGCUAG